GAGCGCAGUGACGUCUGCUACCGCCAGAGAAACCACCAGCACUCUUCUCCCGCGUCACUUGUUGAAGUCUAAACCGACACGAAACUUGCGUGUGGGAUGACAUCAUGAUAACACCUGAGCAGAAGCAGUCUAUGGACACUACACAAUGGCACCGACGUCUUCAUAGGACUUAGUUUCUGUUUGAGUUUUGAAAGCGAAAGUGUCCCAAGUUCCGAGAGCGUCCGAGAUAACAGGAAGAGGGAGCGCCGGCUAAACGGCGUUUGUGUGUAAUAAACAAUAAUAGUAUUGUGCUGCUAUAAUUUCAAGAGUUACGCUGUGUAAACGUUUGUAAUGCAGACUCAGCAUGUCUGCCAAAGCGACCGUGAGGAGAAACAAAACAGCCAUUCAAACGAUUCUGUCCGGAGACCACAGGCUGAUCGUCAACAAAGUUUAUGAGAAGGAGCUGAUCAAUCAACGGGAGUACAACAGUCUUAAAAGUAUCAACAGGGAAGAUGCGGAGGGACACGUUAUUGAGCUCGUGGAUAAGAUCAUGAAUAAAGGAGACGAUACGUGCGGAGCUUUCCUGAACCUCCUGCAAACUGAUGAAGACAUUAAAAGUACUUUCCCUCAGCUGAAGGACUUACAACUGAAUGAGGCCCUCUUUGUACCCAGGCCGGUCGAAAUUUCUCCACCUCACAAUGGCGUCGAGUCAAAAGUUUUACAACAUGACUCCAGCCAAAGGGAAACGAUGUUCGACGACGGGAAAGGAAAAGGAGCGCAACAUGUGACGCCCCGUUCCAAUGGGAGCAGGUCCACGACAAAUAUUCGGACUUUGUUGGACAUAAACAACGAACUGGAAUCUUCUGAGGUGGCAGCGCUUUGCUUCUUGUGUAGUGAUGUUGUCAGUAGGAAACAUCUGGAGGAGAUCAGGCAGGCCAAAGAUCUCUUCUCAAGGUUAAGUGAAAAAGGUCUACUGGAGAACAAUACAUUCAUCAAGGAGCUGCUCCGCACUAUCCAUCGAGAAGACCUCAUCAUACGCUUAGAGGCAGACAGAGGAAAUCUAGAGGAAACAGAUGCUAGACGUGUCCUGUCAAACUUCAGAAUAAUGCUGUACAAAAUAUAUGAUGACAUGACAGUGGACGGUCUUGAAAGCAUGAAGCUUCUACUGAUGUCAAAGCUGGGCAAACGACACCUUGAUCACUGCAAAACAGCGCUGGAUGUGUUUGCUGAAAUGGAAAAGAAAGAGUUGAUAUCAGACACACAUGUUGAUGAGCUGUAUGACGUGCUACUAAAGCUGGACGUAAAACUGGCAAAGACUGUGAAACACUACACCAUGAGUCGGUGAAGACUGUGAUGGACAGCCAGACACAGAGCCCGCCUUUCUUCAGCCAGGAGAUGGAUGAUAUCUCGACUAUCCUGGCACGUGUGAACAGGGAGAUCAACAGAAGAGAGUAUUUAGAUGCCAGAGCCCUGAUACACUCUCACCAAGAGGCUCAUCCUCAAAUAUGUGAGAUCAAGUACAACACUGCAAGGGUCCCAAAGUCCCAGAUUCACACGAUCAUAGACAUUAUCAGUCUGGUUUACAGUGUGUCUGUGGUUUUAUUUAUGGAAGCAUUUGUGCUUUUUUAUUUUGUCAUAAUACACAUGCAGUAUCUCAAAAAAGUGAGUCCACCCCUCAGAUUUUUGUAAAUAUCUUUUCAUGGGACAACAUUAACGAUAUGACACAAAGUAGUCAGUGUACAGCUUGUAUAACAGUGCAAAUUUGCUGUCCCCUCUAAAUAACUCAACAUAAAGCCAUUAUUGCCUAAACCGCUGGCAACAAAAGUGAGUACACCCCUAUGUGAAAAUGUCCAAAUUGUGCCCAAUUAGCCAUUUCCCUUCCUGGUGUCAUGUGACUCGUUAGUUUUGCAAGGUCUCAGGUUCAAAUAGGGAACAGGUGUGUUGAAUUUGGUCUUACUGCUCUCACACUCUCUCAUUCUGGUCACUGAAAGUUUAAUGUGGGACAUCAUGGCAAAGAAUUCUCUGAGGAUCUGAAAAAAAGAAUUGUUACUCUACAUAAAGAUGGCCUAGGCUAUAAAAAUAUUGCCCAUACCAUGAAACUGAGCUGCAGCAUGGUGGCCAAGACCAUACAGCAGUUUAACAGGACAGGUUCCACUCAGAACAAACCUCGCCAUGGUCGACCAAAGAAGUUGAGCGCACAUGCUCAGCACCAUAUCCAGAGGUUGUCUUUUGAAAACAGAUGAGUGCUACCAGCAUUGCUGCAGAGGCUGAAGGCAUGGAGGGUCAGUGCUUACACCACACAAUGCAUCAAAUGGCUGUCGUCCCAGAAGGACGCCUCUUCUAAAAAUAAUGCACAAGAAAACCCGCAAACAGUUUGCUGAAGACAAGCAGACUAAGGACAUGGAUUACCUGUGGUCUCAUGAGAUCAAGAUAAAUAUAUUUGGUUCAGAUGGUGUGAAGGGUGUGUCAUAUAUUCAGUGUUGUCCCAUGAAAAGAUAUAACAAAAUAUUUGAGGCAUGUACUCAUUUUUGUGAGAUACUGUAUAUACUAGUUAUCUAAUGGUUUGAAACAAAGUGAAUUAUAAUCAAAUUAUAUAAUUUUGCCCGUUCAAGACCAAUGAACUGUUGCCACUGGAAAAAUGGAACUAAACUCUGGAUUUCUUUAUAAUUUGAUUGUAGAUUUUGUUUUGUGUUCGAUUACUUAAAAUUCAGCAGUUUUUCACAGCGACUGCCUUUUGUUGAUGUCAUUUUCCUCUGUCCUGAAACUUUAGGUUCUGUAAAUGUAAGUGUUAAAAUAUCUAUUUGCUGAAAAGGAUUUUAUUUUUAUUUUUCCUACAUUAUUGUCUGUAUUACAAGAUAAAAAAAAAACAAACACUUUA